CAAUAACAGGAAGUGGCAGAGGAACUGCUGGGCUGGGCUGAUCACUUUUGCCUCUGGAGGGGCCUGAUUAACCAGUGAGCAGCUCUGUGGGAGCUCAGACAGGUUCACAUGCAGCUGGAAACAGACACCGCUGACCUGAAACUGAGGAGGAUAAUACGAUUCAUAUACUGAAGGGAUUUUCAAAUCAAGGAAGAGUGUUGAAGGGACCCUGGUAGGAAUCCUGGAACAUCUAUGUUUAUCAGAUUUACAAGAAGCUCUGUCUUUACAUCAAAGUCUAAACUCUCUCUAUAUUUCACAAUGAUGAAACAGUCAGCCUGCAGGCAGUUGACUGAGCCUGGCUUCUGGGCAGGUGUCCUGGUUGUUUUAUGUACCCUCAGCAUGGGAGCUGAUGUCCACAAAGCUCUGAAAAAACCAUCCAUGCCAAGCAGAGUGCUUCAAAGACAUAAGAGAGACUGGAAAUGGGAUACACUUUUUGUGUAUGAGGAAAUGGCUCCAAAAAAACCAUCUAAAAAAAUUGGAAAGCUAGAGAAUACAUUCUUCAAUACGUCCUCAAAAUAUAAUCUCUCAGGAGAGGGUGCUAACACAUUUUUUACUGUAAAUGAAUAUGGGGAUAUCAGUGUCCAUGCAAAGUUGGACCGGGAGGAGAAAAGUAUCUACAAACUGUCAGCUUCACUCAUCAACAAAGAGAGCGGUAAACCGCUUGACAAAGAUGAUACAUUUGUAAUAGUGGUCCUAGAUAUUAAUGACAAUAGCCCUGUUUUUCCACCUGACCUCUCCGGAUCCAUCAGCGAGUCUUCUGAAACAGGAUCAAUACUAAUGACAGUAAAUGCAACUGAUGCUGAUGAUGGCAGCACUCUGAAUGGAAAGAUUGAAUACAAACUGCUAAAUGGGACAGACCUCUUCUACAUCAACAAAGAAAGAUUACAUAAUGUAGGUGAAAUCAGAUUAUUGAAAAAUAGUCUUGACCGUGAGAAACAGAGUCAGUAUAUAAUUGCCAUACAAGCCAAAGACCUGCCAGGAAUUGAGAAUGGGAAUUCUGCUACUACCACUGUGACAAUUAAUAUUAAUGAUGUAAAUGACAACAUUGCCACCUUCAAGAAAGGAAAAUACACAUUUAAUGUAAAAGAAGACAGCAAACCUGAAUAUGAAAUUGGCGUAUUAGAAGUGGAUGACAAAGAUGAGAUACAAAACAAAGAUCCAACGUUUACUAUACAACCUGAAUUUAAUGAAGUCUUUCACAUUAAACUAAAUAAUAUAAAAGAUGGAAUUCUUAGCCUCAAAGUGCCACUUGAUUAUGAAACGAGGAAUAUGUACAAAUUUCAUGUAAAUGUAGAUGAGCACACAGUGUCUAAAUCACCAGAUAAUCAAGCACCCAACCUGCAGAAGAGAGCUGAAGUUUUCAUCAAUGUAAUUGAUGUUGAUGAACCACCUGUUUUCAGCAAAACUGAAUACAACUUCAGUUUCUACGAAGGCCAUUUCAGUAGUCCAAUCAUUGGAGCCGUUUCAGCAAAGGAUCCAGAUAAAACUGGUAACAAAAUACGGUACUCAAUCGAAGAUGCAAACUGUCCUGUAGCUGUGGAUCAUGUACAAGGACAGCUGUCCGUUAAGAGACAACUGGACAGAGAGCAACAAUCCUUGCACACAAUCAAUGUUACAGCACAUGAGGAUGUACCAAAUGGUCUAAUGUCAUAUGCACGGGUUAAUCUGAAGGUUCUUGACAUUAAUGACAAUGCACCAGAAAUAACUAAUGGGACUUUGCAUGUUUGUGAGAGUGACACCGCAGGAACAACCAUUGGGACUGUGGGAGCCUAUGACAAGGAUGAAAGUUCGCAAAGGUUCAGUUUCACUCUGGCAAAAGAGAGCACAAACUUUACCCUUCAUAACCAUCUAAAUAACACUGCAAGCAUAAAGCUGAAGCAAGGUGGUUUCAGUACUGAAAGCUCAAUGAAAUAUGAGCUGGAAAUCGAAAUCAAAGAUGGAGGUACACCAGAACAGAAGAGCAUUAACCUUGUCCAAAUUAAAGUGUGCACAUGCCAUGCGGGACGACGGAUCGAGUACUGCAAGGCCUUCGCCCAGACCGGAGUGAGCGCCAGCGCCCUCUUAGCAAUUCUUCUCUGCAUCGUCACCAUCCUGGUCAUUGUCAUCCUCAUCGUGUUGCGAAGGCGCUAUCAAAAAGAAGUCUUGGUUGCCAAGUGUUCUGGCGAUAUCCACGAGCAGCUGGUGAGCUAUGACGAGGAAGGCGGUGGAGAAAUGGACACGAACGGUUAUGAUGUUUCCAUCCUGUCCUCUGCUUGUCAAGACAGCAGCUUUCGGCCCGGCCUGAGGCCUUCACUAUACGCCGUGGUGAAGAAACCUCCUGCUUGUAAGGGAGACAUGGGCAUGAUGAUCGAGGUGAAGAAGGAUGAGGCCGACCAUGACCGGAAUGGGAUUCCCUAUGAUACUUUACACAUCUACGGCUAUGAGGGAUCUGAAUCCCUGGCUGGUUCCCUCAGCUCUUUGGACUCAACCUCCAGCAAAUACAAUGUGGACAAUGACUUCUUGCAUGAGUGGGGACCUCGUUUCAGGACCCUGGCUCAGCUCUAUGGAGUAGACGACUCCGACACUGAUAGCUCCAACUGAUCCUGCUGAAGGUCAGGGUUAGGUAGUCAUCGUCCUAGAAGAAAACAUCAGCUUGAUGGAGACUGUUGUCUUCUCUUCAUGGGAUUUUUUGUAAUGGUCCCUUUAUGAAAGGGAUUAACAAGUGCCAAUACUUAUUUCUUUCAAGUAUUAUGACAUUAUGAUGAGCACUACUGCAUUUGUAAUUUUCAUAGAAUAAGUGUGUGUUAGUAGAAAAACAUGCUUUGCUUUUUCAGACUGGUUUUUGCCCAGCUAAAUUUUGUAUAAAACAGCAUUGGACACUGGUUGGACAAACUCUUCAGUUCAGGUUAAUUUAACAGCAAAUCAGAUCUCAUUUUAACAGAAAAUAUGUUCAUUUUGUGAAGGUUAUUUUCUGUUUCUUUUCUUAAUGUAGAUUUUACCAGUCUCUUGAGAAAACAUAAUUAUUUUACAUUUUGGCGACUUCAUACGAAAAUGUUACCCACUCCUAAAACUGAAAACACACAAAUUAGAUCAUACAAAUCAAAUGAAUUUGUACCCCAAAAUAAAAGAUAAAAGAAGCAAUGAGAUUGUGUUGUUCUUAAUAAUUUGUAAUUUUUUUGCAUCUUGUAUUCCUGUAAAAAUCCCCAGUUUGUUUGUAUACAAGUGUUUACUGGACUCAUGGUCAGCGUAAUUGCAGAGCCAGCAUUGUUCAGCAGACUUCUCAUCAGGAAACUACUGUAUUGCUAUGGGAGCAACAAAGGAAAUUGUGAUAACUGUACUUUGAAAGAAUUAAAGGCUACUCCAAGUUUAUUUGACAGAAAUCAUCAGCACAUCGAUUGUUAUGAGUAAAGCCCAAAUCUCAAAGGUUGACCAAUAUAAGGCAAUUGCAGACAUCUCAGGAAACGUGCAGUUAGUUUAAUGCCUGUUGAAAUGUGAAAAUUGGUCUGAAUAACUGUAUCACCAUGUGAAUCAUAAGUGGGGGUAUAUAUUUAAUAGCGUCAUAAAAGAAAAAAAAAACAGAAACACUGAACUUGUCAAAUAAUAUUUUGAUGAUAGUUAAAACAUAAAUACGUACGUAGCAAGGCAGGCAAUAUUUUUCAUCCUUCAUUUGAGACUAAAUAGACAAGUGGGUCUCCUUUUAUUAAAAAGAAAUUUGUAAAUCUUCUUUAUACCUUAAAUAUUUACCACUGUGCACAAACUCUACCCUGUUUCCCAUAUUAACCAGGGGCACAAUAUGUGGAAGCCACCUUCUCCCUUUCCUAUAGGGAAUUACACGCCAAGCACUCUUCUCUCGUCUCAUUUAAAAUGAGCAGCUCCAUCACUGAAAUGUCAACUUCCUGUCUGUCUGAGCACAAGCAAACGCACGUCCUGUUCUCUUAUCGUUCAAGCGAAGGAACAGAUUGAAACUGUUUUCCUGUUUUCUUGUCUGGAAAAAGGAUAAAGAAAGAAAACUUAGGAGAGUAGGAAAAUGUUAAAGAACAACAUAAACCACACUGUCUUGGUCACAAAGACAUUGCUGCAUUGUUCUUCAAGAGAAACAGUGCUGCUUUUGACUUUUAAUCAUACAAUGUAAUUGGUCUCUUUUCACCUUUUUCUUAGAUUAAUUGCUGGGUAAAGACCAUUACAGUACAAGAAAAUCAUCUUUUCAUGAUGGAAAUCAUAUUUCUCAAGUAAAACUGUGUUGAAGAAAAACUGGAAACAUUAACUAAAAUGGCCUUCGGUUAAUAUGUGAUUGUUCAUUAUUGUUAUCAUAUUUCCUGUAUGUAUGUUUUGAAUUAGUGGUUAUUGACAUUAUGGCCAGUUUUAAGUAUAAUGUUAUAUGAACGUUUUUCUUAAUGAACAAAUGUGUCUGAGAUUUGUUGGGAAGGUCCAGUAGACGUCAGUGUUGGGCAGUCAGACUAAACAUUUCAGUAUGUGUAAGACGGACAAAAAUAUGUGCCUUUCUAUUGUUAAAA